AUAUGAAAGCAGGAAAUGACCUGUCGUCACUGCUGUUUCGUCAUUAACAUGCGUCUUUUGGUAUACACGUGAAGUGAAGUCCGAUUCACGACGCAGUUACUUGGAUUUGUGGUAGCUAGAUGAGAAAUGGGCAAGGCGAAGAAGAGGAUGACGACGACAGUUCCAUCAGAAGGGCUAAUGGACGAAGUAAAGAGAGCUCAAAGAGAGGAGGAGGAGGAGAACGACAGUAAUUUUGAAAUUCAAGACACAGAAGACAUAAAAGAGGCGCAGGAGGUAAGGACAACACAAGAAGAGGAGGAGGAUGUGAAGAUCACAAUUCCAGAAAAGCAGGACGAGGACAGAAAAUAUUCAACACAAAAAGGAGAGGAAAAAAAACUAAAUCUAAAGGGGGCUGCAAAGACUUCUUCCUCAGACAGGAAAUGUAUACCAGGAAUUCUCUACAUUGGUCAUAUCCCUCCAAGGUUCCGGCCCAAACAUAUGAGAAAUCUUUUGUCUGCUUAUGGCGAGAUUGGACGAAUCUUCCUGCAACCUGAAGAUCGGCAAGUGAAGGCGAGGAAGAAGCGCUCGGGUUCCAGGAGGAGCGGCUUUACCGAGGGUUGGGUGGAGUUCCGUGACAAGCGUGUGGCCAAGCGGGUGGCUGCGUCUCUUCACAACACACCGAUGGCGACACGGAAACGGCAGACCUUUGUCUCCGACCUCUGGUGCAUCAAGUACCUGCACAGGUUCCAGUGGACGCACUUGAGUGAGCGUCUGGCCUACGAGCAAAUGGUUCUCGCACAGCGCCUCCGCACGGAAGUGUCGCAGGCCAAGCGUGAAACCAACUUCUACCUGGACAAUGUGGACAAGAGCGCUCGAAUGGACAAAGACAGCAAGAAAGGGAAACGGAACAGGACAGACGCACAGCACAAGGCGGAGGAGCGGACGUGGGACUUCACUCAGCGCCAGACGGAGGAGGAGAUCCAGAUGAAGAAAAAGAAGGUUAAGAAGACGGCAAUGAUGACAAUGAUGGACUCCGGUAGCCAGAAGCAACAAGACAAAGAACGCCUUCACCAGCAAAAGAGCCAAUCAAACAUUUCCUUGUUGGCCAAAAUUUUUAAUUCCAAACAGCCUUAGCAGCUGGUGACUGGACGGUGUGACACAAAGUGAACAAUGCACACAAAUGUUAUAUAAAUCCUCAUUGACUACUUGUAAAAAAAAAAAUAAAAAAAAUAAUAAUAUAAUGGUGGUAAUUCAGCCAAAUAACCAGCGACACAUCAACAAGUUUAACCAAAUCAUGGAUUCAUUGUGAAAAGGUGGUUGAA